AGGCUACCCAUCGGAUUUCGCGAAUGGAACUUUUAAACCGAUUCGGACCUAACCUAGACGAGAGAUGCACAUCAGAAAAAUACUCAACAAAUUUCAGUUUCAAAGCCUAAGUCAUGUGAGAAACAGUUCAGCUGUGUUGCAUGUGGCAUAGAAACAUUUAUAUCCACAUAAAAUAAUAUACAUAUACACAUACGAAAAUACCACGAAACUGUAGGUCGAGGAUUUGAAAGUUUUUGUUUUAGAAUUUGAAACGAAUUGGAGCGGAAGUGAAAAACAUUAAAUUGGAAAAUGCAGUUUUCUAGUUGAAAGGAUCAAGGACAUACAACUAAAUGUUAUCAAUAUGAAAAUAUAUUGCGUUGCAAUUCGCUUGUCAGUUGCUCUUCUAUUUACGGCCCUCAUCCCACCGAUUAUGGGUGACGAUUGGUCAGCAAGCUGUGCCUCAAAUUGCACCUGUAAAUGGACCAAUGGCAAGAAAUCAGCUAUCUGCAGCUCCCUUCAACUGACCACCAUACCCACCACUCUUAGCACUGAGCUGCAGGUUCUUGUACUUAAUGACAACCGUAUACCGAAUUUGACCAAAGAGGAAUUCACCAAUUUGGGCCUGCUGAAUUUACAACGAAUUUACCUCAAAAAAUCCGAAAUCCAAAGCAUACACAAGGAGACGUUUAAGAAUUUAAAAAUUUUAGUCGAAAUCGAUUUGAGCGAUAACAAAAUCGAACAGAUCGAAGAAGACACUUUUAUGGGCAACGAUAGGCUGAAGGUGUUAUUUUUGAAUGGAAAUCCAUUGAAGAGACUUGUGGCCUAUCAAUUCCCCAAACUGCCACAUUUGCGGUCGUUGGACUUGAACGAUUGUCUGAUUAAUGAUAUUGAUCCGAUGGCCUUGGCCAAUCUCAAUUUGUUGGAAUUUCUUUAUUUGAAGAACAAUCUGCUGGAGAGCCUGACGGAGUACGUCUUUCAGCACAUGACUAACCUCAAGACACUGGAGCUGGAAGAGAAUCCGUGGCAGUGUAAUUGCAAGCUGAGGCAGUUUCGGACGUGGUAUGUCAAAAGCAAGGUAAACAGUAAGAGUCUUACGUGCAAGGGCCCAUAUCAGCACAAGGACAAGCACUGGGAGAAUGUGGAAGAAGCCCAGUUUGGCUGUCCACCUAGAGUUAAGAUUUUCAGCAACGAAGAUGUCCAGAACAUUGACAUCGGAAGCAAUACGACCUUCAGCUGUUUGGUGUACGGAGAUCCUAUGCCUGAGGUGUCGUGGGAGCUGAAUGGGAAGAGCCUCGAUAACGACAAUGUCCUCUUCGAUCAGGACAUCAUAACAAGCGAUAAGGUCUGGAGCAAUCUGACUGUCUUCAACAUGACCAAUCUGGACGCUGGAACAUAUUCCUGUGCUGCCCAGAAUGUGGCCGGCUUUGCUAGUCAGAAUAUAAGUAUUUAUUUGAGUGAGAUAGUUCAGCACGUUUUGGUGAAGACUCCCGAAACGUUCUGGUACUUCGGACUUAUCAUGGGCACCUUCGGAACCGUAUUCCUCUUGAUUUUGAUCUCCUUUGUGGUGUGCCUCUGUAAGAGGACCCAGCGCCAGAGGCGACAUCCGAACAAGAACAUCAAAGGUAGCGUCAGCUUUAACGACCAGGAGAAGAAACUACUAGACUUGAGCAUCACCACAACAACCAAUGACCGUGGUGACAGCUGUGCUGGCAUCGACAACAGUGGCCCAGCGAUGAAUAAGACUGAGUCCAUAAUUGGAUUUGAGCCAAUGGAGAUCACGGUUGAGAACCACCAUCGCGGAAUCGGUCCCCAUCAUCAACAGGUCGGGAUUGUGAUGCAGGGAGGCCAUCCCUCUCAUCGGCAGCAGCAACAACAACAGCAACAGCAGCAGCAGAUGAUGUCCUCGGAUGGUCAGUGCGGAGUUGUUGGCAUCCCGAAUUCCAAUCCAAAUCAAAUUCCUGAGGAAUUCCCUCUCAACGUUGGAGUGUUCCCACCGCCACCAGAAUUCUGUUCAAAUGUUGUCACCAAUCCAGCGUAUGGGAACAUCUUCAUAUCUGUCUCAGUGACACAGGAUAUGCUAGACAGUUCCGACAUCAACAUCUACCCGGACCUGUUGAACAUACCCAAGCGGGUGGUGGACGGCAGUUCGGCAAGCAGUAGCAGUGGCAGCAGCUCAGUCGUGCAACAGCCAAUGUUGCCAGUAAAUGUGUCGUCAUUUGCCACACUGCCCAGAAACAAUCAGCGUCGAGGCAUUCUUAAAAAGGAUCCCACGGUGCAGACGAAUUUAUAUCCACAUGACGAGAUUGUGAGCUACCAUAAUCUGGACACAAGCUACAGCCAAGGAUACAAUCAUCAACAGGAGCACUUACAGCAGCAGCAGCAACUGCAGCAACAACAGCAACACCAGCAUCAGCUCCACGCAUUGCAUCACCAUCAACAGCAACAACAACAACAACAACAGCAACAUGCGUCAUCGUCGGGACCAGGAGGAGGACGAUGCAGCAGUAGCAGUAAUAGCAGCAGUGGCACAACGACCGGAAGUAGUUGUUCGAGUAAUUGUGGCCUAAAGGCACCGACGUGCGUGAACUGCAUGAAAUCGCCCCCUCCCCCACCAUUGGCAUAUGCCAAUGACUCGGACGGAACGUCCCUCACGUGCAUUGGUGGCCAAAUGCGGCCGUUGGGACCGAAAAGCUCAGCCUUGGGUGGUGCUUGUUUAAAAUACGACAAUAUGGGACGAAGGAUAACAGCCAGUGGCAAUUCAACGCUUUCACUGCCCGACGAAGAACGACUAGAGAAUGAGACUCUAUUUAAUGAGGGUAACCCGCUGACAACGUUUACAAAACAACAGCGCGAACAGCAACAACAAAGAGAAUCCCAACAACAGCACCAGCAGCUCCAGCAGCAGCAACAGCAGGAUAUUAAUGGUCCAACAGCAUCAUCAGCUUCGUCCUCGUCGUCGUCAUCAUCAUCGAAACAAUCGCAAACAUGCGGUCAAAGAGAAAUGCAGGGUGGCAGUGAUUUCGUAUCACUGUAGUAGUGUGUAGGUGUAGAUCUAUAUGUAAUAGAUACAGAGAGUAAAAUAGAUGAUAACAAAAAAGUAGCGUAAUGUAGGAAAAUAAAUUAAUUUCAUAAUAAAUUUAGGACAAAAUUGUAAAGUAAUAUAUUUGUAUUUCCAUUUUUUUUUUCUUUUAAUUUAAAAUUGAAUGCGGGAGGGCUGGAAAUCAUUGUCAAUAACAU